AAUUUUCAAAUUGUUACAAAUUUUGGAUCCAAAUAAAGAUGUUAACCUAAUCUUAUUCACAAAAUUAAGAAUUCAUCAUGUCUGAUGAUUCAUUGACAAAGAAACACGUGACAGAUAUAACGACUAUUGCUACAAUACAAAAUCAUCAUUUGAAUAACCAUAAUCAUCAUCAUAAUGUUCAUUCCAUUACAGUCGAAGAUGAUAAAAAACUUGUAUCAAAAUUUAAAAAACCACCCAUAUUUGGUUCAGCAUUCGGAAUCACUUGUGCAAUGGUUUCGGUUCUUUGUUUUUCAUUUUGUUCGGUGAUUGCCAAAUUAUUAAAUUCAUCAUAUCAGAUUCCAGGUAUUCAAGUUCUAGUCUUAAGAUCGUUCAUUCAGAUUGCCUUAUGUUCCAUUAUUCUGUUUUAUCAACGUUCAUUGCCCGGAUAUACGGAUAUGCGAACAAAUCUGUACAUAUUUGGUUGUUCAAUAAUAGGCACUAUUGCUGUGUGUUGUCUGUUUACCGCAUUCAACAAAAUUCCUAUUGGUGAUGCUACCACAAUCUAUUUAACAUCACCAGUUUUUGUUGCUAUUUUUUCCUUCAUAUUUCUUCAUGAACCAUUUCGGUGGUUACAAUCGAUCACUAUAUUUAUCACCAUUAUUGGUGUAGGAUUCAUUGCAAAACCAGUGUUCAUUUUCGGGACACAACAACAACAACAAACGGAUCAACAUUAUGCACAGGAAAUUUUGGGACAAAUUCUAUCUUUUAUUUCAGCUAUUUCAUCAUCGUUGGCAUUGAUUUUUCUACGAAAAUUAAAAUCUACAUCGCCCAUUAUAAUAUUGCUCUGGUUUGCAAUUGCGAUCACAAUUAUUGGUUCAAUAAUCCUUGUUCAUUUACGUCUGUAUCGAUCAUUGGAUUGGCAUGAUUCAUGGUGUAUUGUACUAUUGGUUUUGAUAGGCUUGUUGAGUAUGGUAGAACAGUAUUUUCUUACAUUAUCAUUACAAUAUGAAGAUGCAAGCACAAUUUCUGUGACUCGUUCAUUCAACAUUGUAUUGGCCUUUCUUUGGGAGGUGAUUAUUUUCCAAGAAACAAUUACAUGGACAUCAAUAGUAGGUGCUAUACUUGUAUCCUGUUGUAUUAUUGCCAUUGCUUUGAACAAACGUAGUUAUCAACAACAGACAAAAAAUUGAAUUUUAAUCAACAAUUUUUUCAAAAUAAUUAUUAUUAUAACUCUUAAAAUCAUCAAUG